AUGGCAACGAAGCUGCAUAGCCCCGAUGUCCAAGACGAUGGGAUUUGGAUGACAGCUUCAAGCUUUACAAUUUUUACAAUGACAGCAGGGUUUGGCUUGUUGGAAUCGGGACGAGUAUCUUCAAAAGAUGAGGUAAAUGUCAUGGUGAAAAACGUCGUGGACGUUAUAUUCGGAGGUCUUGCUUACUGGAUGUUCGGGUACGGGUUCACAUUCGGGGAGAGAUACGUUAACCCAUUUGUUGGCGUAGGAGACUACUUUUUUGAUCCUGAGCGUGAGGAUACAUCCACUCCAGACAAGGUUCCUCCAUUCUCUUGCUAUGAAACUGCUACAGCUCCUCAUAUUAUGAAUCAGUACACCAAGGAGGGGACAAAGGGAUUAAUUCUAUGUCUUGCCCUGAUAACACGUCAUGUUCCCGGUAUUUUCAGCAGGCAUGGCAGAACGCAUUCACCUACAGUCGCAUUGUUUCGUAUCCUUCUUCAUCACCUUAGUGCACUCGGUAGCAGGCCACUGGGUUUGGCAUCGCAACGGGGUGUUCCGGUCAAUGGGUGUUGUCGAUUCGGCUGGAUGCAGUGCGGUGAGUGGGCUAGAAAAAGAGUUUCCAUUGUUAGAUCGAGGAAGAUGACUCAUGUAACUCAGGUCCAUCUCGUUGGUGGCGUCUCAGGUCUGGUGGCUACCCUUUACCUGAAACCUCGUCGGUAUCGAUUUGAGGAGAAAAGAGCUCGGCAAAUGAGCGAUCCUACGAAGGCUAUUUUGGGAUUUCUCAUGAUCUGGUGGGGUUGGCUGGCGUUCAACACCGCAUCAAACUACUCAGUCUCGCAUCACCAAUGGACCGAAGGCUCUAGAUCAGCCGUCGGAACGAUAAUGGCUUCAGCCGGUGGCGGAAUGAUGACGGUGCUCAUUUCACGCUGUACAACGAAGAAAAUACAAGUUGAUAUGGUGAUCGACGGAAUGCUCGCUUCUCUAGUGUCGAGCACAGCUGGUUGUUUAUUUUACACGCCAUGGCAAGCUACUCUAGUGGGUGCAAUAGGUUCAGCAAUGGCGGUAAUGAUUUAUCCUUUGCUAGAAAAGGCAAAAAUUGAUGAUCCCGUGGGAGUGGUGCCGGUACAUGUGGUAGGUUCG